AUGAGUUGCUGCAGCUGCAUCGGCUACAUAUUGUUCUUUAACGCGCUACAGAAUGGGUAUCUUUUUCCCGAAGAACUUAAAACCCUAAUAAUAGAGAAACUGGCGAGGGCGAGGGCGGCCGGCGUUUCUCGAGAUUCUACUUCCUCGCCGGAACCUGUGCUUCCAGGCAUUGGUCUAACCCGUAGGGAGUGGCUGCUGAUGCGUUAUGCAGAGUGUGUGAAGCAUGAUCACAUGGUAUCAGUUGGAUUAUGCCUGGAUUUAAAGUCCCAAAUGUUGGAGAAGAAAUCCUUGACCCAGAAAGUUUGGGAUUGGGGUCAAGUCGCCCAAAGCUGGUUCAAAUUGUGA